UAAUUGGAAGCAAAAGACAGUGGUUUAACCACCAGAACUCCAUCAAAAGAGUCAGAAUCUACCUUCAAAAGGCAAGCACCUGCACGGCAGAAUCUUCUUAACUUUCUCAGCGUUUAGUUUCUUGUGCCUCCAACAAAGAUUUCAAUUUUCAACACAAAAAUAGUAAUUUUUUUUAUAUAUAAUAAUUAAUUAAUUAUAAUAUAUUUGUCUUAAGAUUAGAUCCUCCCAAAAAAAAUCCUUAAUAGACCAUUUCCACAGCCACAGAUUUCGAUGCCCUCCAAAUCCCCCCAAAACAACCAACUAUGUUUCCGUUUUUCAGUUAUUUCACUCUAGUUGUCUCCUUCUCCUUCCUCUUCCACUCUCACCCUUGCUUUCCCGCCAGAAUAGUAACGGACCCAUCAACCGUUAUAACCGUCGAUACCAGAAACUCCACGUGGCACGACUUCACUCGCUUCCUAGACGCCGGGAUGGGUAGCCAAGUCAGAGGCAUGUCGGAGCUCAAACAAUACUUCCAACGUUUCGGGUACCUCCCGAUACCAGAAACCAACUUCACCGAUACAUUCGAUGACCAAUUGGAAUCCGCCGUCACCAUGUAUCAAACCAAGCUGGGAUUACCGGUGACUGGAAAACUCGACUCGGAUACCAUAUCGACGAUCAUGUCCCCCAGGUGUGGCGUGAGCGAUACCAAUCAUACUUUAAAAACAACGAAACAUUUCACCUAUUUUAAUGGGAAACCCAGGUGGAACCGUCCCUCUCCGGUGACUUUGACUUACGCGUUUUCGCCGGGUAAUUUGAUUGAUUACAUAAAUAUGUCGGAGAUGAGGGCGGUGUUUAAACGAUCGUUCUCACGGUGGGCGUUGGUGAUUCCGGUGACUUUUUAUGAAUCCGAAGACUACUACUCGGCCGAUAUUCGAAUUGGGUUUUAUCGUGGCGAUCACGGUGACGGAGAACCGUUCGAUGGGGUAUUGGGUGUGUUGGCGCACGCAUUUUCUCCCGAGAACGGGAGGUUUCAUCUUGAUGCAGCUGAAACAUGGGCCAUUGAUUUUAAUCAAGUGAAGUCCAAGGCAGCCGUUGAUUUAGAGUCAGUGGCUACGCAUGAGAUUGGGCAUGUACUAGGACUGGCCCACACUUCGGUCAAGGAAGCUGUGAUGUAUCCAAGUUUAAGUCCUAGAACCAAGAAAGUGGACCUGAAAAUUGAUGACGUGGAGGGUGUCCAAGCACUUUAUGGGUCAAACCCUAAUUUCAAGUUUAGCUCAUUGCUGGAGUCUGAAAAUUCUUCUAAUAAUGGUCUUAGUCUAAGAAGGAGAUCAUCAAAGUGGACCAUGUCUUUAGUGGUGGUAGUUUUGAAUUUGAUAAUGUUUUUAUAGUAUAUAAUUUUUUUUUUACUUCAUUUUGAUUCUUUUAAUCUAAUUAUAGGAUCAAAGAAAAGUACAAAGAAAAUUAUUUGAUGGGUCUAUUAUUUAUAUACAUAUAUAUAGAUACACAUUAUCACCAUAA